ACAAAGUGGAUUGAUUGAGAAUUGAUCAAAUUUUGCAUUUUGAUGGGAAUCUGCUGGAGCUCUAAGCCUUCUGAUGAUCGGAGCCCUCCCGCCACAGGGGAGCUCUGCUCUUCAACGGCGCCGACGACGGACACGACGUUGGCGUGGAGCGGCAGCAGCGGAUUCUGGGGGGCGAGCCCGGCCCAGAGUCCGCAGAUGCUGCCGCACCAUAGUUUGAGGAUUUUCACGUUCGCGGAGCUUAAGGCGGCUACUAGAAACUUCCGGAACGAUACGGUGGUCGGGGAGGGCGGGUUCGGGAAGGUGUACAAAGGGUGGCUCGACUCGAAGAGCGGAUCGACGGUCGUUGCGGUUAAGAAGCUCAAUCCUGAGAGCGUUCAGGGAUUUGAGGAAUGGCAGUCGGAGGUUAAUUUUCUCGGGAAAUUGUCGCAUCGGAAUCUUGUUAAGCUGUUAGGAUACUGUUGGGAUGAGAAAGAACUGCUGCUUGUGUAUGAAUUCAUGCAGAAAGGCAGCCUUGAAAAUCAUCUAUUUGGAAGGGGUGCUGCUGUCCAGCCGCUGCCGUGGGAUACGCGGCUGAAGAUACUGAUCGGAGCAGCCAGAGGCCUCGCAUUCUUGCACGCUUCCGAUAAAAAGGUCAUCUACCGAGACUUCAAGGCCUCCAACAUCUUGCUCGACCAGUCGUACCACGCCAAGCUAUCUGAUUUCGGGCUGGCAAGAAUGGGGCCAACUGCGAGCAAGUCUCAUGUUUCGACACAAGUAAUGGGGACGUACGGCUAUGCUGCCCCGGAAUAUGUUGCCACGGGGCAUUUAUAUGUGAAAAGCGACGUCUAUGGAUUUGGCGUAGUGUUGGUGGAGAUGCUGACGGGGCUACGUGCUCUCGACACCAACCGCCCGGCUAAGCAACACAAUCUGGUGGAUUGGAUAAAGCCGAGUCUGCAGGAGAGGAGGAAGUUGAAGAGUGUUAUGGAUUCACAUUUGGAGGGGAGAUAUCCUUCAAGAUCAGCAUUAAAGAUAGCCCAACUUGCCCUCAAUUGUGUUGAGAGUGAGCAAAAAAACCGGCCCUCGAUGCAGGAGAUUGUUCAGACGCUCGAAGAGAUCGAGAUGGCGAGGGAACGGCCUAGGCAACCUCGGGUGCACUCUAGUUAUCGAGCGGAUGAUAGGAGUGUGCUGCAACAGUAUCGUCACCAAAAUCAACCGAGGAAGGAAUCUAAACGUGUCUAUCAACUCCCACCACGCGCAUAACUAUGCACGUGGUGAGAGCGCUCUUAAUUUGUUAUCGAAUUAACCGGAUCAUAAAUAUUAGUAGAAGAAAAUUUAGCUAGCAAAUGAGCAACAAAAUUGAUUAUUCAACAAAGUGAUGCGACACAUAUAUUAUAUAUAUAUAUAUCAAAUUGAUAUGUGUG